GAUGAAAGAAAACCAUAACAAAGCAUUAUAUUAUAACCACAAAACAAAGCCAAACUCACCUCAGCAAUCAACCAUAGUUCGUGAUUGCUUCUUUAAAAAUCCAUGGCGAAGGCAAAACAUAUCGGAAGCUACGUCGUUUUACCGCGGUAUUGCUGCUUGAAGUGGACGGUGGCUCUGGCAGUGUGUCUGGCGUGCGCGUACAUGGUGUGGCCAUCGGAUCCAGAGCUGAAGAUCGAACGGCUGACGGUGAAGCGGGUGAAGUUGCAUCCAUUACCGCCGAUCGGUGCUGACGUAAUGAUGUCGGUGACGGUUAGAGUGCGGAACCGUGCUGUUUACUGGUUGGAGCUGAGAGAGGUUGAUGUGGGAAUAAGGUACAGAGGGAAGAAGCUUGGUCACGUGGAGUCUGAGGGUUGGCACGUGAGAGGGUGGGGAUUCUCCCACGUGGAUGGUGACUUGGAGUUUAGUGGGCUUCCCGCGUCUGAAGUGGCCCAUUUGUUGGAGGAUCUCGCAAAGGGUAGGGUUUACUUUCACACCGUUACGGAGGUCACUGGCCAACUUGGCUUUUUCUUAUUUCAUUUUCCUCUUACUUUCAAGGUAAUACUGUCAUGUGAGAUUUUGAUCAAUACAAAAAACCGUUCAAUUGUUAGUCAACACUGUCUUCAUAAGGAUUAACCACAAACGCUCUCUAACCAUGAGGUGAAGACUCCAAAGAUGUUAGUCUUCCUCAAUAUGUAUACAUGCAUGUAUAACGUAAUUCAAAUUCGGAUGGAUCAAUGUAAAGCGCCACGGUUUCUAA